AUGGCGGCAUCCGCGGCGCUGAUCUUGCCUGACAGUCCUAGUAUGAAAAAAGCAGUGUUGCUGAUAAAUGAGCUAGAUAUUGGAAGAUUUCCACGAUUGCUUACCUGAAGUCUUCAAAAACUCCACCUGAAGGCUGAGAGCAGUUUCAGUGAAGAUGAAGAAGAAAAACUUCAAGUUGCAUUUUCUCUAGAGAAACAAGAUCUUCACUUGGUUCUUGAAACCAUAUCAUUUAUUUUAGAACAGGCAGUUUAUCACAAUGUGAAACCAGCAACUUUGCAGCAGCAAUUAGAGAAUAUUCAUCUUGAACAAGACAAAGCAGAAGCAUUUGUCAAUACUUGGUCUUCUAUGGGUCAAGAGACAGUUGAAAAAUUCAGGCAGAGGAUUCUGGCUCCUCACAAGCUGGAGACAAUUGGAUGGCAGCUUAACCUUCAAAUUGCUCAUUCUGCUCAAGCAAAAUUAAAAUCCCCUCAAGCUGUGAUACAACUAGGCGUGAACAGUGAAGAUUCAAAGAACCUGGAGAAAGUUCUUGUGGAAUUCAGUCACAAAGAAUUGUUUGAUUUCUAUAACAAGCUAGAAACUAUACAAGCACAGCUGGAUUCCCUUACGUGAUGUUUUUGAAGACCGGUUUUUCCAUCACACUCCUGCCACCCCAUUAUUUUGCAUUGAAGAGAAAUUACCUCGCUAUGUUUUCUGGAAGAUUCAGUGACUUUCUUUCUUUUAAAUUAGGUGAUUUACCACUUCUUAGACAAAUGAUAACCAAGGAAAAUCAAUGUUAAGAGUUCUGAGGUUCUAAUAUACAGUAUACUUUGUCUAGUUCUGUGAGCAAGUAGCAAAUGUUAGGAACACUUUAGUUUGAAAUAAAUCAAAAGCCAGUCGUAUAUU